AUGAAGAAAGUCAACUUUGUGUCUGCUGAGGAGAUGGAACCAGUCCAAGAAGGGGAGGAUACACAAUUUGCUGAGGUAUGCUACAUGAGCAAUGGGCAAGGAGGUUACAACAAAGGAUACUAUAACUACAAGUCCAACCCUGCCAUGUCAUACCGCAACACUGAUGUUGCUAACCCUCAGGACCAAGUCUAUCCUCAACAACAAGCAGCUCGAUCGAGUCAAGGCUUCCCCCACCAACCGCCCCAGCCUGCACCUUCACAAGAGAAUGAGCUCAAGGCAAUGCUAAAGCAACUACUUCAAGGGCAAGCUGAUGGGGUAGUGGACACAAGCAAGAAGCUAGCUGAAAUAAACUCUAAGAUCGAGAACCUCAACACAAGGGUUUACUCUCUGGAGAAUCAUGCUUCUUCUGUUGCUGCUGCUACAAAGCAAGGACAACUACCUGGUAAAGCUAUUCAGAACCCCAAGGAACAGUGCAAGGUCAUCUUCACUCAAGAAGGACUUGUUGAAGAAGAGGAUCAAGAAAGGGUCAUUGAAGAUUUUUGUUUACUGCUGAAUGAUGAAGAGAUUGUUGCUGCUGAGGCUCCUGGAGUCCAGAUUGAUCAACCAGAAGUGCAUGCACCUACUGUGGCCAUUCACACUUCACCAGUUGAGCUCGCACGACAAGCUCGAUCGGCAGCUCGAUCGAGUCCAACUCUAGCUCGAUCGAGUCCGACCUCUUCUGUCCGACAGCCUGUUUUGCUUGAUCCUUAUCAACCGGUUGCCGCUUCCUCGUCUCGCCUACUUAGUCAAGGUCACAAGGAAGUGAUUCACAAGUUCAGAAGAGAUCUCAGUGGGAUUGGAAUUGAGUUGCCUCCUAUGGAUAGCAUGAGUGAGGCAUUUGAUCAAAUGCAAAUGGUCAAGGAUGUUCUAGCCAACAGUGAUAAAGUUUCAGAGGUCCUACAAGAGUCUACUCAUCAGUUCAACCUGCUUACUUCACCCACCUUCCUACCAAAGGUCAAGGAUCAAGGGAAAUUCACUCUCCCUUGCACACUUGGGCAUCUUGAGAUUGACAAUGCCUUAGUGGAUUCUGGAGCAAGCAUCAAUCUGAUCUCUCUCUCCAUGGCAGAGAAGCUAGGCAUUGCUGGAGCCUUGCAGCGCCCUACUACUUCAAUCAUGUUUGGAGAUGCAACUUCUAAGUCUCCUCUUGGAGUGUUCAAGAACUAUCACUUGAAAAUUGGAGAAUGCAUCAUCCAAACUGAUCUCACUGUGAUGGAAAUGGAAGAAGAGAAGGAUUUGCCUUUUAUUGGGAACCCCUUUCCUUAUACCAAUCUCAGUUCUAAGAGUCAUGGAGCUACAAAGGUUGUGAAGGAAAGGGUUGACAAGAACCAAGAGUUGGGAAGGAUAAGGAUGAGAGAGGACCAAGGAUUGAGAAGCCACGUCUUGAGAGGGCUAGAGUUGAGAAACCACGAUCUGAUAGGCCAAGAGCUGAGGACUUGUUCAAGCCCCUUGUGUGCUUGA